ACCGGAGUGGCCCGUAGCGACAAUUUCACUAAUGUGGCCACCAGUUUCUAACCUAUAUGGCGCUUGAGGAAUGCUGAAGUGAUUUGGGGUGGUCGUGAUAGCGGUUCUGUGCAGUCAGUUAUGGGAGGUCGGCUUGAGGGUGUCUUGGCAUCUCUGCAGAGCCCUUGGAUCUGGCUGCAUCAUUGAGGUUCCAGGAUCUCCCUUCUCAGCUCAGCCCACCUCUCCCCAGCAGCUCUGGUUGGAGCCUCCAGAUGCCCACCCAGCUUCAGGAUCCUGGGAGAAGUGGAGUGGUCAGCAAGAGAGACCAGAAGUUGAAGCCCAGCGGGGCCAUGCCUAUUGAUAUGAAUUUGCCCUGGAGGCCCCAGGUCCUAGGUCCGGAGGAGCAGGACAAAUCAUAUAAGGUAUGUGGUGUUAAGGGACCAGUGUCAUUCGAGGACGUGACUGUGGACUUCAGCAGGGAGGAGUGGCAGCAGCUGGACCCUGCCCAGAGACACCUGUACCAGGAAGUGAUGCUGGAGAAUUACAGCCACUUCCUGUCCAUGGGAUAUGACCUUCCCAAACCAGAGGUCAUCUUCAGGUUGGAAAAAGGAAAGGAGCCAUGGGUAGUGGAGCUUAAACUCCCAUAUUGGAGCUGUCGAGCUGAGGAGUUUGGACUUGAAACCCCGCAAUGGGAAAUUUCUGAAAAGGCUGCAUUUUACAGUGAGGUGGUGGAUGAAGUGACAAGAGACAGUUCAUGGUGUUCCAUUUUGGAAGAACUGUGGCAGGAUGCUGACCAGAGAAAGAGAGAUCAGGAAAAUAAAAAUAAGCCUGCGCAUCGUGGUGCUACCCUCAACAAGCAAAGAUUGAAUAUAGAGAGAGAUUGUGACUAUAAGGGCACUGGAAAAAUCAUUCAUGUGAGGCCCCACCUGGUUACUUCACAAAAACAACCUCUUAGAUCCUGCUCAUUUGCAAAGUCUUUGAAGCAUAAUGUAGAAGUAAAUAGUCAAAAUGAAAGUAAUACCACAAAACACCUUGAAAAGAGUAUUGGAUCUAGUCACCUUUUAACGCAUAGCUCUUCUAAUAGUACCUGUAAGAAUAUUCAAACAGAAGAGAACUUCUGUGGAGAUAAUCAAAGUAGAAAAGUCCUCAGCCAUAAACAAGCACUCAUGCAUCAUCAAAUUCACACUGGGGAGAAACCCAAUGAAUGUACUGAGUGUGGGAAAUUCCUCCCCCAGAAGUCAUCCCUCCUUACCCAACAGAGAAUUCAUAGUGUAGAAAACCUACAUGAAUGCAGCAAAUGUGGAAAAGCCAUCACUCCUAAGCCACAACACGGUGUUUAUCUGUCAGUUCAUACAGGUGAAAUACCUUAUAUAUGUACUGAAUGUGGGAAGGUCUUCAUUCAGAGGUCAGAAUUCAUUACACACCAGAAAACUCACACUAGAAAGAAGCCCUAUAAAUGCCAUGAGUGUGGAAAAGCUUUUUGCCAGAUGUUAUCUCUCUUCAGACAUCAGAGAAUUCAUACUAGAGAAAAACUCUAUGAAUGUAGUGAAUGUGGGAAAGGCUUCUCCCAGAAAUCAGACCUCAAUAUACAUCGGAAUAUUCAUACAGGAGAGAGACAGUAUGCAUGCAGUGAAUGUGGGAAAGCCUUCUCCCAGAAGUCAACGCUUAGCAUGCACCAGAGAAUCCAUUCAGGAGAGAAAUCCUAUGUGUGUAUUGAAUGUGGGCAAGCCUUCAUCCAGAGGGCACACUUGAUUAUACAUCAAAGAACUCACACUGGAGAGAAGCCUUAUCAGUGCAGCAGCUGUGGAAAGUCCUUCAUCUCCAAGUCCCGGCUCCAUGCACAUGAUCGAAUUCAUACAGGUGAGAAACCUUAUGAAUGUAGUGACUGUGGAAAAGCCUUCUCUCAAAAGACACACCUCAAUAUACACCAGAAAAUUCAUACUGGAGAAAGACAACAUGAAUGCAGAGAAUGUGGGAAAGCCUUCAACCAGAAAUCAAUACUCAUCAUGCACCAGAGAAUUCACACUGGAGAGAAGCCUCACCAAUGCAGUGACUGUGGGAAAGCCUUCAUUUCCAGGGCACAACUCAGAGAGCAUCAGAGAAUUCAUACGGGAGAGAAACCCUAUGUGUGCACUGAAUGUGGGAAGGCCUUCACUGGCAGGUCAAAUUUCAAUAGACACAAGACAACUCAUACAGGAGAUAAAUCUUACAAAUGCAGUGAUUCUGAGAAACGCUUUGCCCAGAAAUCAAUUCUCAGUAUGCAUCAGAGUAUUCAUAAAUGAGAUAAACUCUGUUUCUUGAAUAGAAGGAAAUCUUCUCGUAAGUGUCAGAUCUAAUGAUAUUAUAGAAUUCAUGCUUCAGAAAAAAACUCCAGGAAUGCAUUGAAUGUGCAAACACAUCACGAAGUCUCACGUUUUAUGUGAAGGAAAUUAUUCCGAAAAGAACUUUUAAGAAUACAUUGAAAGAAGGGAAUUGUUACUAUUUUUACUAUGCUUGUUAAGGAUUAUAAAAUUCAAUCCUGGCUAAUAUAUUGGGAAAAGCCUUUGUAUAGAAAGUAUUACCAGGAAGAUUGUUACCAGAUUAUUUAUAGGAAAGUUUGUUUUAAAUUAUAUUAAUGAUAACCCUGUUUAUUGUGGAAUAUUAAAUUUAUUUUAAGUGCCAGCAACCUGAAUGAUAUACUCUCAGUUCUGUAGUUUGCUGCAGAAUUCACUGCAUAACAGCAGCUGCAGGUGGGUUUUAGGCACUGAUGGAUGAAUUGAGGAACAAAAAGCAUAUAAUAAUGCAGAAAACAAAUAGCUAAAUGGCAGAAGUAAGUCUAUCCUUAUUAGUAAUUACUUUAAAUACAAAUAGAUUAAACUCUCCACUUUAAAAAGGCAGAAAUUGGCAGAAUGGAUGUUAAAACAUGCCAAAAGGUGGAAAACCCAAGUGCACAUCAACAGAUGAAUGGAUGAAGUUCUGAUAGAUGUUACAACAUGGAUGAACCUUGAAAACAUUAUGCUAAGUGAAAUAAGCCAGACAGAAAUGGAUUAAUGGGUAUGGAGUUUCUGUUUGAGGAGAUGAAAAAUUUUGGAACUGUAGUGGUGAAUGCAUAACAUUAUGAAUGUAAUUAAUGCCACUGAAUUGUACAUUUAAAAAUGGUAAAUCUUGUUAUAUAUAUUUUAUCACAAGAAAAAAAUAGUUACAAAAUUGUAUAAGAUUUUCACAUUUUAAUGUGUAUGAAUUUUACUUAAAAGAACUAAGAAAAUAAAACAGAAUGGGGGUGGGAAGUGGGUAGAGGUAGAGAUGAAACAAGAAUGUCAGAAUGUUGAUAUUUUUUGAAACUGGGAGAUGGGUACUUGGGUAUUCAUUAUAUUACUAUCUUGUGUAUCUUUUUAACUUUCCAAAAUUAAAAGUUAAAAAAAAUUUUUUUUUAAUACCAUUAUAACUACAUCGGAGAAACAGAAUAGCAUAAUCUUUAAGUGGACAGGCUCAGGAGCCACGUUCUUGGAUUUGACUCCUGGCUCUAAUCUACUCUCUGCAAACUUUACUUAUUUGUCCUGACUUUCUCACCUAUAAAAGGAAGAUUAUAAUAUUACCUAUCUUACCAGUAUAUUGUGAGAAGUAAAUGAGCCAGUGUGUGCUAAGCACUUAGAACUGUGCAUGAGAGAAUAAGUGUUGAUGAAAUUUAGUUGGACCCCUUGUCUCUGAAACUGCCUGGGUUCCUCUUUGAUGGGAGUGGACGUGAGGGGUGAGAUUUUAGUCCAUUGGAAGUCUUUUCUAAAUAGGUGAGGAUGUCUGGGAUGUGCACAAACAUCCUGCUCCCAGGAUCCCUUCAAGGAGAAUGAGGGGCCAAUACAACUGGUCAGAAGCAUGAUCUGAGAAUGUUUCUGGGAAUGGAGGCUUCUCAUGCCCGGUAAUGUGCUGGGCUUUGGAGAGCACA